ACGGAAAUCCCGCGCUGCGCCCCGAACGGGAGUGACCCUCCCCCGCAGGCGGCCCAGGCCCUCCCCUGCGCGCGGGAGAGCGAGAGCGGGAGCGGGGCUGGCGGCGGAGAGCGUUUAAACCCUAGCUUUGCCCAUAUGGAGCCUCUUUUUGCUCAGUAGCUCCACCCUGUUACCUCUGAUCAUGGCUUUCAGAAAUGUGAACAGAAGACGUCACAUUGGACUUCAGCAGCUUUCAUCUUUAGCGUCAAUAGGAAGAACACUUUUAGGGCCAGUAAAAUCAUAUAAAUUUAUUGUAGAUGUAAGCACCAGUGAGAGUGUUUUGACUUGUUCUGCAGUUAGACUUCUUGAAAGUUUGGAUUUAACUAGUGCAGUGGGACAGCUUCUUAAUGAAACAAUUCAGGCACAGAACAAAGAAUAUAAAACUGGGAUGACUACCCUGUUGUUUCUUGUUGGUGCAUGGAGCAGUGCUGUACUUGAAUGCCUUCAGCAGAAUGUUCCUUUUUCACUAAUAGUAUCUGUGAUGUCUGAAGGAUUGAACUCUUGCAGUGAAAAAGUCCAGUGUCUUCAGCUAUCAGUACAUGAUUUAUAUAAAGGGCCCGAUUCUGUUCCCAUUCACUUCAGUUCUAGCCGUCUGGGGCCCCAAAUUAUUGAAAACAAAACUUCUGGUAUUGGAUCUAACAGUUUUUUAAAUCCUCUUGUGCAUAUUCUUAAAGAGGUUCCUGUAUCUAAAGAAGAAAGUAUUCCAGAAGGCCUUCAUUCUCAUCAAGCAAGCCCUUCCGAUCCUCAUAACAGAUGUUUGAAUUCACACCUAUGCACUACAGACUAUAUAACACCCUUAUUGGAUGAACCAGUGGGCAAUAAAACUAUGUCUGCAGUUCCUGGAAGCAGUUUGAUUACAUCCAGCUGUAACAAAAGAACAAGAUUAACUCAUAGUAGAUACUUUAACAUUCCAGGAAAAAGCCAUUGUUCACUCCAAGUAGACAAUUUUGGGGGUCCUCCCACUGGGCCUGCAGCAUGUCCUUUUGAAUUUAAUGAUUUUGGACAACUGGCAAUGGCUCUUAGCCAUGGGAAUCAGUCUAGCAUGAAAUUAGUACAGGAUAUUGUCAGAUGCCAGCAACAAGUAGCUGAUCACACAGGUUCUUCUCAAUUUAAUAUUGCAGAAGUUGUGACGUGCUGUUUACCAGGAUUGUCUGAACAUUAUUCUUGUGUGUGUCCGGGGUAUAUCACUUUAGUAUCACCAGAGAAAGUCACUGUUACCAAGCAACUUCAGGAUAGACCGCUUCAGAUUCUUCUUGUAGAUGGUGAUCUAACGGAAAAGUAUCGUCACUUGGGAUUUAAUAGACCAUCAAAUGUCAGAAUAAUAUCGGAAAAUGUAGGUUUACAAGAAAGUAGCUCAGAAAGUUUAUGGAUAAAUUGUGCGUUAGAUAUUUUAAUACAAGCAAAAGUAAAUUUAGUUUUGGUAAAAGGAAAUGUGUGUGAAAGUUUAAUGGAAAGAUGCAUCCUGAAUAACAUAUUGAUAAUCAAUCCAGUAACUCACAAUGUGCUACAUGCUUUUGGGAAGAGCACAGGAGUGCAGCUGGUGACAUAUCUUUCCCAGGUAAAUAGUCAUUGCGUGGGUAGCGGUGUCUGGGUGGAUUUCUGGAGAACUGGUGACUUGAGCACAGUGGAAUUGGAUAACAAAGUGCCAAUCAGUAUCAAAGCUGAAGGAAUUCAUCUGGUAACAGCUGUGCUUAGUAGCACAGUAACUGCAAAGAUGCAAGUCACUGAAGAUCAUUUCUGGACUUGUGCUUAUCGCCUGCAUCAUGCUCUAACUGACCAGAAAGUUUUUCCUGGAGGUGGUGCUGUUGAACUGUUGUGCCUCAGUCAUCUUAAAAAGCUUGAAGAACAGUCUUUAAAGCAAGCAGAUAAAAAACUUUCAGGAGAUUUUUACAUGUCUUCUUGUUGGCUGACAAAAUCAUUCACACAGUAUAAACCAGUUGUGCUUAAAGCUCUGGCAAGUGGUUGGCAUCAGUACCUUUCAAGACUCAUGUGUAACACUGCUCAUUAUGCAUCAGAGUUUGAAGUAAGCACUUCCAUCGAGCAUCAUCUCAAAAAAGCAGCAGACUGUGGUUCUCCUUCAGCAUAUAUUCUGAAAGAGUUCAAUAAAGGAGAUAAGGUCAUGGUUGAUUUUGGUCUUUCAACUAAACCUGAGGAGUCUGUAAAGAUAUAUGACAAUGUUACACCCAAGGUGGAAGCAUGGCGCAGAGCUCUAGACUUGGUGCUAUUAGUGCUUCAAACAGAUGCUGAAAUUAUCACAGGUCCUAAGAGAAAUCAGUUAUUAAAUUCACAUGUAUCUAGUGAGUUCAUAUUUUUAUAGGACUUGGUAGGUUUUAUGUAUGACUCUAACUCAAUGGGUGGAAAAUUUGCAGGUACACGGAAAUGUUUAUACAGCUAUAAAGCAAACUUUUAAGGAGUUAUGCCAGUGAUAUUUACAAAUAAAAUUCAGCACAUGGAUGUAGAGACAAACUAGAUAGUGCUGUAGCUUUUAAUUUCUAGAAGUGGAGUUUGCAUCUGGGUAUCCACCCAAUCUACACUGUGACGAGGUCAAACUGAUGCAUGAGAGAAGUAUGAAGCUACUAGGUGGAGUGGGAUACUAAUGGAAAUGAGCUCACUGUCUCUAAGCAACAAUACUGCCUGUUUGUUUCCAUGCUCUCUCCAUUAACCGCCUCCCCACCUCUUAUACUACGUUGCAUAGGAAGCAAAAAAUACAGCUCCAGACUCCUCAGGUGGAGAGAAAAGGCUGAAAUUUGGUCUGGGUUUCUGACGUGUUUGUGCUUUGCAAAACAAUGGGCUGGGGUGGGAAAGCUGAGGGCUUCAUCCACAGAUUUCCCUUUACUACAAAGUCAGUUCUUGUCCUUAUUCACCUGCUACUAAAAAGGAGUAGCGCCCUCCUGUCUCAACUGCUGUUUUUGUGGGUGUUCUGUAAUUUUAAGGGGGCUUUGCUUUGUCUGUCUACCUUCUAACUACCUUUUGAUGGGGGUGGACCUACUAAAUUCUUGUUUCUUCUCCAUGACUGAACUCACUGACAGAGUUGUCACCUCAGGAGCAUUCUCCUAAAUCAGUGAUUUUCAGCCUGUGUUCCAUGGAUCCUGGGGGUCCACAGCCUAUGCCUAAGAUUUCCAAAGGGGUCCACACCUCCAUUUGAAAUUUUUAAGGGUUUUUUACAAAUGAAAAAAGGUUGAAAACCACCAUCCUUAAUCAACAAACUCUCUUUAAAGGCAACCUACAAGAGUGGGGAAAACAGUAUGCGCUCCCCCUUUCUAUCCUUUGUCUUACAGUUUAUAAAGAAGGCCUGGAAGAUUUUUACAAUUCUUAUUUCUAGUGGGGUUUUUUUCACAUGAGAAACUUCAGGUCUUGUCUGCCCUUUUCCUGGAAGAGUGUAGAGGACUCAAAAACUAUUGAGAUUGACAUCACAAGUAACAAAUGUUUUUUGCCUUUUUUUUUUUUUUUUUUUUUUUUUUUUUGGUGACUACUCUUUCCCCAAAUGCCUGAUGCUGUUGAGAGGGACGAUUCAACACUUCACCCCUUUAGUUAAGGAUUGAGACAGCUCCUUCUCUGUUUCUCUGGAUUUUUAUGAAGAGCUCAACCAAAAACAGGGAAGAGAAGUCUUUAUGCACAAAGUACAGUGAGGAAAACCCCACAUUUGUGCCUUCUGUGUGGAUGAGGAAAUGGGCACUCUUUCUUUGCAGGUCCCAUUCCAAGUGCUUCAGAGACUAGCUAUUGUCAGUUGCGGGGAAAUCUGCUCUUUGUUUGGAAAUCCGAGAAGGUAAGAAGUAUUAAGCAUACUUCACUGAAUAUUAUUCCAUGUAGUGAAUACCCAGGAUCAGCUCCUCAGCUGGCCUGAAUCAAUGUUGUGAUGUUAACUUCAGUACGUUCAUGCCGGCAGAGGAUCAGGCAGCAGACUUGCUAUCAAGAAGUGCUCAGGUGACCAUAUAAGACAUUAUACAAUUGUUAGAGGGGUAACUACUCCCUUGAAGGAGGGAGCUUCCCUAUGCCUCUAUUUAGAUAAGGUGCUGAGAGGUCCUGCUAGAAGAAAUAGUAGUCAUAUAGUAUCUGUAGCCAGAGUAGCUAUGUUAAAAGUGAAAUCACAAGUGUUACUAGUUAAGACUGAGGUACACAGGAAAGAGCUGACUGAGAAAGCUCGAACUGUGCCUGGCUCAAGCCAUUGCCGUUACCUUCCUUUUCCUAAGCGUUAAAAUUCACUUAAAUUUGUAGGAAAAAUAAGAAAUGUUUUGUCUCUGGCGAGAAGGGAGAAUAGCUUUCAUGUUAUAUUACCCCCCAAAAGGUUAUAUUUCCAUCUUUUACUAAACAGGAACCUGCCAAGGGCCUAUAUUAUAGUCUUGGGCAUGACAAUUUACCUCUGUGCCUCAUUUUCCACAUUUUAAAAGGGGGAUGAUAGUAUAGACCAGUGGUGGGCAACCUGUAGACCAUCAGGGUAAUCUGAUUGCAGGCCGUGAGACAUUUUGUUGACAUUGACCGUCUGCAGGCACUGCACCUGCAGCUCCCAGUAGCUGUGGUUCUCUGUUCCCGGCCAAUGGGAGCUGUGGGAAGCGGCGCUUGCAGGUGAAGGGGCCAGAGGGAUAUGCUGGCCGUCACUUCCCACAGCUCCUAUUGGCCAGAACAGAACUGUGGUGUGCCUGCGGACAGUCAACGUCAGCAAAAUGUCUCAUGGCCCGCAAUCAGAGUACUCUGAUGGGCCGCAUGCGGGCCACAGGUUGCCUAUCACUGCUAUAGACCUUAUUUAUAAAGUGCUUAAAGAGCUACUGAUGAAAUAUAGCAAAAGACAAAUAUUUAGAUUUACACAUCCUUUAUAACCCUUUUCAUUUUUGUACCAAUUACUUUGUGAAAGUACAUUACCAGUGAUUCAUGAUCAGUGUAAUAUAAAAAACUAUUUGAAAAUACCAUCUAUAUUUUGAACCUGUACUGACAGUAUAAUGUGUGUGUUUUGGCACACUACAAAAAGCUUCUGUAUUUUUAAUAUUCUUUAAUGCUAAGAGAAGACAGGGAAGUAGGAAUCAUUCAUCCAUUUUAAAUGUGUAUAUAAAAUGAGAAUGUGUAUAUGGAUAUGCCUUUCAAUAUACUGCUAAGUCAAUUUGUACAUACUGCAAAUUCAAAUUUAGUACUCUAGCCUGCAGUAGAUUAUAUUCUUGAGUAGUACUACGUUUCAGUACUGUUUGCAGGAAGAGACCAUAAUUUUGUGUUUAUAAAUAGGGCAUAAAUUUCUUAUUGUAAGAAAUAUAUACUACACAUGCUGUCAAAUCUUGGAAAACGUCUCACUUGAAACACCGCUUUUGACAAUAUUUCCCCCCUCUAAAUAAAAUAAAAUUAAAGUCUAACUGGUUUCCUUUGGGUUCUUUUGGUUAUCCCUUUUCAACAAAACAAGGGAUGAUGCUUUACAGACAGCAUUCUGUAGUGCUUUCAUUGUGGCAAAAGACCAAAUCUGAAUCUGGAUAAUUUAGUCAAGAGUCAUUUUACCAUCUAACAGCAUUUAAAUAGUAAGCCGAGCCCAGAUGGAAUUGGUAUUAGUUGUAACAGAAAAGCAUAUAACUGUGGAGAUGAGUUUCUCACACUAAUACUUUGAGUAAACCUCAUGGUGAGUGUCUCAUACUUUGGGUGAAAACAGAAUAGAAAAAAGACUGUAAAUGGUGGUACUAAAACUAAUUCCUGCUCUUGAGCAUUUUUCUAUCAUCACAGUAAUGGCUGACACCAUUUGGAUUAAAUAUGAUUAGAUUUACUCAUCGUAACCACUGCUGUUGUUUGUAAUCUGAUUCUAUACAUUUCUUUUGGGGCGGGGUGUGGGCAUGACAUUGGAGGCCAAGAAUUUUCUAGGGAAAAAAAGCUGUUUUACUGUAAGUCCUGGCUCAGUAAAAGGGCAGUCAGAAAUCAGAGCAGUUACUUAAAAAUACUGUAAAUGUGGUGGCCCUUUGUCACUUCCUAUGUAUUGUUCUGGCUGGAUGUCUCCCUUUUCCUCUAGGCUCCUCGUCCCCUGUGUGUGUGUGUCUCUCUAGAGAAGGUAUUGUGGAGCAGAGGGAUGAGAUGGCUCAAGCAUCUCUGUCCAACUACAGCCUUCCCACUUACUCUAAUGGCUUCUUGACCCCUUUAUUCAUUCUGCAGCCUUCCUGCUUCCUGUCAUAGACAGCACCAUACCCAGGUGCCUUGCAGCCUUCUGAAGCUCCUCUGAGGGCCCAUCCCCUCAGGCAUCUCAAUUAGUUUUGUCAGCUCCUGAUGACUAUAAAUAGCUAACGCUUGUGGGAUAAGAAGUCUGUUAAUGGGCUCCAAGUGUAUGGCACCAGACCUAAUCUAAACCUUGGGCCCUUCAAACUAGCUCAUCUCCCUACCUUUCCUUAUCUCCCAUGUAUUUUGGCUCUCCCACCGCCCUUUUCCCACCCACAAUUCCAAAACACUUCACUUAUCUCUUGCCCUGGUAAAAAAAAAUCCCACUUCCUCAUUUCCACCUGAAAUAGCCCCUGGCUCCCACAAUUUACCAGCCAUUCUUCUGCAGUAAACCCAUUUUCUCCUUUUCACAACACAUUUGGUAUUGUUAUGUCCCCACAGCCUACGAAUACUUCAAGGACUCCCACAGCAAGCCAGAUAGCCAACUCAGGCCCUAAACAAACCUUAGACAUGGGUUAAAGACGGGUCCCUGAGGAAUUUCUCCUGGUCUUCAGCUGCCCAGAGGACCAUUGUCACUACUCACAUGACAUGACAUCCACCAAAUGUCCUUUAUGCCCUCUGCAUAAUUUGGAUGAAACAGAUCCUCAGUUUAUGUAAAUUGAUGUAGCUCCUUUGACUACAUUGGAGUUAUACGGCUUUACUCUAGCGGAAUAUCUGGUCCAAUGUGAGGUAUACAGAGAGGAAUUAUAAGGCUAAUAACAUUUUCAUAGGUAAUAUCUAUUAUAGGAAAUGCUGCUCAUAGCUAUGUUGUUAAGGUCAUAUUGAGAGUCCUUAUAGCCAUGAAAUACAAUCUAUGACACACACAUUCCGCUAAAAUAAUUGAAUGAAGCUGCUAUUAUUAUUUUUUUGUGAUUAAAGGAGCAGAUUUUUUUGUUGAUUUUUCAAAAAUGUCAAAUAAAAACUGUAAAUGGCAGCCCUAAAUGUAAGUCUACUUUGAAAAGUUAAAAAAAAAUCUCCACAUUUAUUUGGCUUUCUAUAACAUACAAUUCUCUAUAAAAUUCAGAAUUCAGGAACAGGUAAAUUUUGGAACACUCUCAUGCCUAGUAUAGGUUUUUAGAAUUUUAGUUUUGAAACAAGUUACUAACACUCUUCAGCAGAAUAGACCAGAUCUCCUUCAGCUGCUUAGUGAUUAAAUCUUUAAUCAUCCAGAGAUUCAUUUUUACUUGACUAUGCAAUUUGCACUUACCAAGUUAUUAACUACAUUCCAGAAAUAUUAGGCGGUUGGAAGGGAAGAGCUGAGUGAUUCAGGGGGCAUAUAGGGAACUGUGAACCCUGUGAACACUGCACAUAAAUGUAAA